CGUCCCGGGUAAAAAAUCCAAAAUCUCAAAUUUCACUUCGGUCAGAAGGGUAAAAUUUUGCAUUUCGUCACACAUCGAUUUUCGGGCGGGUAUAAAAGCCGACUUCCGCGUUGUUUUUAUUCAUUCGAUAUUUUUUUGAUUCUUUUUUUUUUCAAGUUUUUUUCCGUUUUUUUUCUAACAUUUUUCUAAGCUCUCAAAUUUUCUUUUUAUUUUUAGAGACUCUCUUUAUAUUUUCUUGCGACCAAAAAACUUUUUUUACAAAGAAAAAAAAAUGGGUGAUCGAAAGGCAGUUAUUAAAAAUGCCGAUAUGACGGAGGAAAUGCAAACUGAGGCGAUUGAUUGUGCAACUCAGGCUCUUGAGAAGUAUAAUAUCGAGAAGGACAUUGCUGCCUAUAUCAAAAAGGAAUUCGAUAAGAAGUUCAACCCGACAUGGCAUUGCAUUGUUGGGCGCAAUUUUGGAUCAUAUGUCACGCAUGAGACCAAGCACUUCAUCUACUUCUACUUGGGCCAGGUUGCCAUUCUUCUCUUUAAGAGCGGUUAG